AAUUAGGUCUUUAAAAAUACUGUAGAAUUGGCUUCCGCUCUCCCCCCCGCAUCUCUCUGUCUGCGCCAUCUCCCGUGCUGCUCCCCGCUCACCACGCGCACGCCCUCGCCCCCGUCCCCCGCCCGCUCGCGGCUCGUCCAGAUUCCCUCGCCGGGGGGCCAGCCUCGAGACCUUGCUCCGAUGAGCUCGGAGGCCGUGGCGGCCUCGGAUCCGGGGGGUGGCAAGCCGAAGCUGGUGGCGGGUGCUGACGUGGCGAUGGCAGAGGCCGCGGAGGAGGUGGUGCCUGCUCCCACCGCCGAGGUGAAGGUGGAGGGGAAGGUUCGGGUGGUGGAGAGCGAUGAGGCUGCGGCGAUGGAUGUUGAGCAGGAAGGGGGCGAGGUGACGGCGGUGAGCGAUUCGCUUUACGCGACGGAGUCGGCUGGUAUGGUUACUGAAGAAGGGCGCGGAGACGAGCCGUUGGAGGGCGCGGAUGGGGUGAACGGAGGAGCAGGUGGUCAGGAGACGGUGCAAGCGGGAGCUGGAGGUCUGCAGAAUGAGGCGGAGAGGAAGCCGGUCCCGGUUGAAGACGUAGUUGCGCCUGCUGCUGCUGGUCAAGCGGUGAAAGCAGCUGGUUCUGCCACUCUUGAACAUGCUGAAGCCGAAUCCAAAAAACUUGAAGAAAAUUGUGUAAAUGCAGACCCUGGGAGAGAAAAUAAAGAAAGGGAUAAUGGUGUAGCACAUUGUGAUACGGAAAUACAGAAUAAUGUGCCUGGUGAUGUCGAGGGAAGCUCCAAGAUCCAUGAAGAUGUCGGGGCACCUGCAGUUGACCAACCGGAUGAUAGAUCUGAAAUGCUCCUGCAAACAGGGGAGCAGGUACCUGGCAGUGGAAAUAAUCCCAGCGGUAAUGAGGUUGCUAGUCCAGGAAAUGUUGAUCAGUGUGCUAGGUACUGUCUGCCUCUGCUUGAUAAAGGUGGUUUUCGAGUUUCUGAUCUUGUCUGGGGCAAAGUAAAAAGUCAUCCUUGGUGGCCUGGUGAAAUUUUUUAUCAGUCAGAUGCAUCCGAGUUGGCGCUGAAGCACCAGAAAAAGGGCAGCCAUUUGGUAGCGUAUUUUGGUGACAAUACUUUUGCUUGGUGCGAUGAAUCCCAGUUGAAGCCUUUCGUGACAAACUAUUCACAAAUGGAGAAACAGAGCAGCUCAGAUGCUUUUGUUGGCUCAGUUAAUAAUGCACUUGAAGAACUCUCGAGGCGUAUACUGUCAGGUAUGAGCUGUUCUUGUUUGCCAGAGGAGCUUUCUGAUAGCGGCAUGUCCUAUACGGUCGAGAACGCUGGGCUCAAGGAUGGAGUUACCUGCUCUGCAGUUAAUCGGUCUGAGAUCUUAAAAUGUUUCAGUCCUGAGAACCUCCUUCAUUAUAUUAAGGAGUUGGCUCUAUUUCCUGGCCAAGGGGGUGACCUGUUGGAGUUAGUGAUAGCAUGUUCUCAACUUACUUCUUUCUAUCGAUCUAAGGGAUGCUCUGAACUUGCAUCAUUUCAAACUGGCAGUGCGUGGGUUGAGGAUGGCAUGGACACUCCGUCCACCCAUAAUGUAAUGGUUGAGGAAGCUGUCAUUAAUGAAGUGCAUCCUACUCAUGAUAAGCCCAAAAGGGGCAGGGGGAGACCUCGUAAACAAAAACCUGAGGACUACCAAGCGGUGAUGGAGAAAAAAGGCACAUCUAAUCAGGCCAAUGAUACUACUUGUGAUGAAAAACAAAUGGUUAUGGACUUUGAUGAUUUUGACAACUUACAGAAGAAGAAGAAAAGAAGCUUUGACUCAUUUGAAGAUUCAGAGAAUUCUACAACUCCAACUGGUGGUAUUUCUUUCAAGAUUGGUGAGUGCAUUCGGCGAGCUGCAAGCCAGCUGACAGGAUCGUCCUCCAUUGUGAAGGCUCAGACUGAACCAACAGUUUAUAAGAACACUGCUGAAGCAGAGAAUGGAGAAUUUGAUAUCUCUAGCGAUGAUGCUGUUGAUGAACUUACUGUGUUGAACCGGGCAAAAAGGAGACGCAUGCACAGGAACCACACUGCGGAUCCCCAGGAAUUGUUGUCACAGCUAUGCUUAGUUGCCACAGAGCCAAUGAAUAGUUAUAAUUUUUUGGCGAUGAUAAUCAGUUACUACAGUGAUUACAGAAACUAUGUUGUUUCUACUACUACUGAAGCAAGCGUUGUUGAAAAAACUGCAUCAAAGAGGGGGAGGAAGAGGAAGGUUUUACCUUCUCCUGAGGUAGAAACAACUGAUCAUAUGCAGGACUCCUACUGGUCCGGAUUGAGCUUACAUAAUCACCCCAUUCACAAUCUCAGAAAAGAAAGUUCCACCACGAGGCCAAGACGUAGACGGAGAUCAUCACAAGAGACAUAUGUUCCUUUGCAGGAACUUGGAGCUUCAGGUCCCAAGAAACAGAUACAAGUGAUAGAAAGAUCAAUUAUCCAUGUCGAUGAAAAGAUGGUUGAUGAGUUCAAGCCCACUGCACUUGUUUUGAGCUUUGGCAGGUCGGCUGCUGUUCCUUCAGUAAUGGAUCUAAUUAAGAUGUUCAGUCGCUAUGGACCACUAAAAGAAACCGAGACUGAAGUGCAGAAGGACACAAAUACUGUUAAAGUUGUCUUCAAGAAACGUACUGAUGCUGAAAGAGCUUUCAGUGUUGCUGGCAAGUAUGGCACCUUUGGACCUUCGCUUCGUAGCUACCGUCUUGUGAAUAUGCCGUUUUCUCUAGGCAAGUCAGAAGUGAAUAAUCCUGAGAAACACACUGAAGAUUGUGGCCCAGAGGUUUAUGGUCUGAGUGAAUCUAAAGUUUCCCUGGAUGCUAUGCAAAUUGACCGGGUUGACCAAACUGAGAAAUUAGAAGUUGUGGGAGAACCGUCAGUUGAACAAGUUGCCGCCAAGCAAACAUCUCAAGUGGAAGCUUCAGACAAGACAUCGGUCAAUCAAGCAGACGAUGUUGAGAAAACUGAACACAUUGAUGCUGAGCUGACUGGUCAUGCUGAACAAUUUGGAUCAGGUGCACAAGCUGAAUCUGUGGCUGAAGGGUCGUCUGAGCAAGUUAGCACUGUUGAGCAAGCUUUCACUCAGAAGGAAGCAUCAGUCGAAGGUCUAUUGGAGAUUACCCAGUCUGUAGCUGCGACUGGUGCAUCAAAUGAAGGUAUGAUUGAGCAAACUGUUCAAGUGGAAGCUGUAACUGAAGCAUCAGGUGGACAAAUUGAGGUGGGAAAACAAACUCCGCAAGCUGAAUCUAUGACUGACGCAACUACUGGGCACUCGAUCAUGGUUAAGGAAACUGUGGAGUCAAAUGUUGAAUUAUCAGUCGAGGAAAAUAUGGAAAAUAAUGCUGCUGCUGUAGGACUAGUUGAGGAGACUGCAGAAGGUGAAACUAUAGCAGAAGCAUCAGAUGAGAAAAUAGAAAAUAAAGCUGGGGAGACCAGAGAAGGUGAAAUUGAAAUUGAAAUUGAAGUUGAGGCACUGGAUGAGAAAAAAGAAAAUAAAGCUGUUGCUGAAUCAAUAACUGGGGACACUGCAGAAGGUGGAAGUGCUGCUGAAGCACCACUUGAGGAAACUAGAACAGCUGAGGGAACUGCAGACGAUGUUGAGGCACUAGAUGAGAAAACUGUAGAUGAUGUUGAAGCACAAGAUGAGAAAACUACAGCAGCUGAGAAAACCGUAGAUGAUGCCACGGUUGAGAUACCAGAUGAAAAACCUACUACAGGCGAGAAAACUGUGGACGAUGCCAUGGUUGAGAUACCAGAUGAGAAAACCGUAGAGGAUGUCACUGUUGAAGCACUUGAUGAGAAAGCUAGAGCACCUGAGAAGACUAUAGAGGAAACCACGGUUGAGGCACCGGAUGAAAAACCUACUACAGCCGAGAAAACUGUGGAGGAUGUCAUGGUUGGGAAACCAGAUGAGACAACUGUGGAGGAUUCCACUGUUGAAACACCAGAUGAGAAAGCUAGAGCACCUGAGAAGACUAUAGAUGAUACCAUGGUUGACGCACCAGAUGAAAAGCCUACUACAACCGAGAAAUCUGUGGAGGAUGCCAUGGUUGAGAAACCAGAUGAGACAACCGUAGAGGAUGUCACUGUUGAAACAACAGAUGAGAAAGCUAGAGCACCUGAGAAGACCAUAGAGGAAACCACGGUUGAGGCACCAGAUGAAAAACCAACUACAGCCGAGAAAACUGUGGAGGAUGCCAUGGUUGAGAAACCAGAUGAGACAACUGUGGAGGAUUCCAUGGUUGAGAAACCAGAUGAGACAACUGUGGAGGAUUCCACUGUUGAAACACCAGAUGAGAAAGCUAGAGCACCUGAGAAGACUAUAGAUGAUACCACGGUUGAUGCACCAGAUGAAAAACCUACUACAACCAAGGAAUCUGUGGAGGAUGCCAUGGUUGAGAAACCAGAUGAGACAACUGUGGAGGAUUCCACUGUUGAAACACCAGAUGAGAAAGCUAGAGCACCUGAGAAGACUAUAGAGGAAACCACGGUUGAGGCACCAGAUGGAAAACCUACUACAGCUGAGAAAAUUGUGGAGGAUGCUAUGGUUGGGAAACCAGAUGAGACAACUGUGGAGGAUUCCACUAUUGAAACACCAGAUGAGAAAGCUAGAGCACCUGAGAAGACUAUAGAUGAUACCACGGUUGACCCACCAGAUGAAAAACCUACUACAACCGAGAAAUCUGUGGAGGAUGCCAUGGUUGAGAAACCAGAUGAGACAACUGUGGAGGAUUCCACUGUUGAAAUACCAGAUGAGAAAGCUAGAGCACCUGAGAAGACUAUAGAGGAAACCACGGUUGAGGCACCCGAUGAAAAACCAACUACAGCCGAGAAAACUGUGGAGGAUUCCACUGUUGAAAGACCAGAUGAGAAAGCUAGAGCAUCUGAGAAGACUAUAGAGGAAACAACAGUUGGGGCCCCAGAUGUACAAGCAGACAAGUGAGCAAACCGGCUAGCUUAUGUUGCAUUGAUGCAAGUUUCUGUUGAUACUGGGGUAGUCUGCUCAACUGAUUCUCUCAUCUAGAUAGCGUGGUCUGUACAGAAAAAAAGGGGAGCCCACUCUAGCAUCAUAAUGCUAUUAGUUUUUAGUAACUAGGGGAGUUACAUCUUUGCCCUUGCCUUUGAUAUGAACUUCAUCUAGUCGUAUCGGAUGCACACGUGUAGUUUAUCAUAAAUGGAGUUUCUUCCUAUACCUUGGUGCCGCAGUUGGAGGAUCAGCCUCUGGGGUUAAGAUCUUGAAUCAGAUAGGGGAAGCCAUGUUCAUUCCAACAUUUCAUGGUCAGGCUUGGGAGUCUUUGUUCAAUCUACUGGAAUCUGAAGAUUCUUGUACCAUUUGUGAUUUGUAAACUAACUGUUCUGGAGUUUAUUCCUUUACCAUAUCACGUAGGUUUGUUAGGUGAAUUCUGUCUGCUCAUUGAUUGGUCAUUAAAUCUUAGUUCCCCUUGUGCGAU